UUAUUAUUUUUUUAAUGUUACCAGCAGUUUCCUAAGCAAUUACUAUUAAUAAUUCUAAAAUGAUCAGUAGGAUUUACAGUUUUACUUGUAACUAUUUAUUAGACACAGAUGCUAGUAUUCAUUCCAGUAAUAGUGAUCAAUGUCUUUUCAGUAUUUCUUUGCUAAUUAGUCACUAUCCAACAAGUAACUAUUCCACUUUUACUGGUUGCAGUUUGCAAAUGUAAUCAAUUGGUGUCUGUAUUAACUACCUAGGCCUACUUGUUAUGACUAGAAUGUAGACACUUGUUGCUGCUAUUCCUGUUUUACUAGUACUUAUAUUUUAGUUACAUGUAACUAAAUGUUUAGUCUUACUAGAUUUUAAUAUUGAAAUGUAAUUCUAAAUGUUGGAACAACAAAAUUCUGACCAGUCAUUACAUAAAAGUAAACAUCCAUUGUAAAUAGUGAGAUAAAAAAAAAUAUCUUACAAUUGAGUUACAUAGUAGAGUCCUAAUACUAGUAAAAAAAACGAUUCUAGUACCUAUUGGGUUAUUUAUUAAUAAUUAAAAUAAUACUAGUUGCAGUAAGAUAUGUUAGUUAUUUUUUCAGGAACUAAUGGUAAACCAUGCCAUAAAAUGCUUUUGCUUGCCAAAUUAUGCACAGAGUUUGUCGAGGUCACCCGACAGAGCUAUCGUGUAGCCCUGCUACAUUAUUUAUUAUGUAAACGAAUAAAAAACGAUAAGAAAACAGUAAUACAAGUAGGAUUAGUGUGCGUCUUACAGUAAAAUAGGCAAACACACAUUUGCUUUCUUUGCUUUGCUUGUUCACCGAGGGUUUUUUUAGCUAUUAAAAGCACUGUUACUGUGUGAGCCAGCUGUCUCCUUGUGCACAAAUGCAGGCCCUGAAUGGACGCUUUCUUCAGCCUCUCUCCCUGUCAUGUGGGUCGUUACGGUUCGUCAGCUCCUCCUUCAAGGCUGCAGAUCUUACCAUCGAGAGGAACCCUGUACUGAAGCCAAGGCCAGACCCUUCAACACUUGUGUUCGGCAAGCAGUUUUCAGACCACAUGCUGACAGUCAGCUGGUCUGAAGCAGGAGGAUGGGAGACACCUCAGAUUAAGCCCUUCCAGAAUCUGUCCCUUCACCCUGCUUCCUCAGCCCUGCAUUACUCCAUAGAGCUAUUUGAGGGCAUGAAGGCUUUCCGGGGAGUAGAUAACUGCAUCCGUCUCUUCAGGCCUAUGCUGAAUAUGGAGCGCAUGUACCGGAGCGCCGAGAGGAGCUGCCUGCCUUUGUUUGAUAAGGGCGAACUGAUAAAGUGUAUCAGUAAGCUGAUUGAGAUCGACCAAGAAUGGGUUCCUUACUCCACAGACGCCAGCCUGUACAUCAGACCAACGUUUAUAGGAACUGAACCUUCUCUAGGUGUGUCUCGAACAGGUCACGCUUUGCUCUUUGUCAUUAUUGGGCCUGUUGGACCUUAUUUUUCAACUGGAAGCUUUAGUCCGGUGUCAUUGCUGGCAGAUCCUCGAUAUGUCCGGGCCUGGAGGGGCGGCGUUGGAGAAUACAAGAUGGGAGGUAACUACGGGCCGACAAUUGCUGUUCAGAGUGAGGCAGUCAAGCAGAAAUGCCAGCAGGUCCUUUGGCUGUAUGGAGAGAAUGAGGAGAUCACUGAGGUUGGAACCAUGAAUCUCUUCAUCUACUGGACCACAGAGAAAGGAGAGAAAGAGCUGGUCACCCCUCCACUGGAUGGUGUCAUUCUCCCAGGAGUCACCAGGCAGUCGCUGCUGGACCUUGCCAGAGAAUGGGGGGACUUCAAAGUGACAGAGCGCAGAGUUUUAAUGAAGGAGCUGAUAGACGCUUUAGAUGACGGACGGAUUCUGGAGGUGUUCGGUUCGGGCACUGCAUGCGUGGUGUGUCCAGUUGGCAGUCUGCUCUACAGAGGACAGACCUACCAAAUUCCCACAAUGAAGAACGGUCCGGACCUUGCUAAGAGAUUCCAUAAGGAGCUCACUGAUAUCCAGUAUGGACACACUCAGCGGGACUGGGCGCCGGUGAUCGUCUAACCGAUCUGACGCAGGUUUCAUGUCUAAAACCUCUCAUCUCAAGUGUUUGUGUGUGGACUAAAUAGACAGGGGUGUUAUUCUACAGUAACAACCUUUCUAAAACCACCUAUUAAAUAUAUGCAGUCUUUUCAAAUGCCCUUACUUGCUUGCUUGGAUAGCCAUACGGCACAAUUUGUAGCACUAGAGAUCGUCCUUAAACCUAAGCACAAGCGUCAUAACAAGCCAUAUAUAAGCAACUAUAGGCAACAAGCGAAUAUGUUCUCCUUGCAAUAGUUACUGAUCCAAUCUGUAAACUUUUUCUGUCUCCUAAAAUGUUAUUUUCCUACAACUUUUAUCUGUAUUAAUAUUUCAACUAUAUUUUGCGGGAAUGGUGCUAAGAAAUCAGGCAGUUGAGAAGAAUCAGACUUCAGCACGUGAUUACUUUAAUGUAAAGGUUCAUUCACUGAGCUGCUCGUUUGUUUGUGUAACAGAAGAACAGACAUCAUGAUUUUCUUUCUUACUAGCAAGAGGACAGACAGCUAUUUAUUUCGCAUCAAUUUAAACAGUUCUGUUUCUUUCAAAAGACACUAAAUUGGUCUUUUUAAGUCCAAAUUUGUAAAGAAAGUGUAAAUGAUUGUAUAUGUCUGUUUAGAGAAGGACAAAGACAAUGUGUUCUCGCCAGAUUUAGAUGAAUUAAAACCAUGAGCUGAAUUUAUGCGCGCACAAAGGGCUUCAGGACUGCCCAGACAUAGCAGCUCUAGAGACCACUAGAAAAGUCUUGAUGUGAUAAUCGUAGGUGAUCAUUACUAGGCUCUGUGUGUGUUGUCUAUAUGAUAUCCAGAACAACAAUGUGACCUGUAUGUACAUGUGUUUGUGAAAUAUAUAAUGUUCACUGAACAUGUAGAAUGUAUCGGUUUUAACUUAUUUCUGGUGUUGUUUCAGUGGUUAGAAUACCUAUCGGCUAAUUGUGAAACCCCCCUUUUUUUUUCCGUUAAACUUGUAUUUUAAUCCAUGCACUCCACUUCUCCUCUGUCUAAGUGCCUGAUGGAGUUGGCUGUUACUUUCUCUUUGUUGGCUGUAUCUUUCACAUUUGUCAUUACUGUGCUGAGGGGGCUGCUGCUGCACUCAUGAUGGGUUUGUUUUGUUUGAAGGUUUUUUUCGCAGUAGAUGUCUUUACUUUUUCUGUUACUGUAUUUUUACAAAUAAAUUCAAUUUGCAUCCAAAAACGUAAUAUGCU